AUGUCCCGACGACCCCGUCACGUGGUCAACGGGCGACUCGUUCCUCGUACCCACGGCAUGUUGGGCUCCUGGUACAGUAGACUUUGGAAUCGUAGAACUUUAACGGUGCUGGUACUUUUGUUUAGUUUCGCCAUCACCAACCCAGCCAACGAUCCAUGGACGGUACAAUACGUACUAUCUGGUAGGCGUCUGUCACCACAUCUACCACCGUCUCGUCGCUUACCAAAGGAGUCAGGUUAUGUCACCAAUUAUGGCGUUUUUGCCCUGCAGGAACGCCUCACCUACCUACGAAUUCAUGUACUUGGAAUGACAUGGGAUUGUUCCUAUGUAGAUGAGGAAACGGGGGCGCUGUGUUUGGAGAUACAGGAACGCUUGGCGUAUGCCCAGCGUCCCUUGUUGUGGGACUCCUCGGAUCGUGCAUUUUCUACAUACCGCCUUCUUUCGACAGGAAUUGUUCUCUCCGCUUUGCUUACCUACUGUGCGUACGGUCCACUCCGGUCAGGAUACGCCGUCGUUGAUUGGUAUCUUGAAUUGCUGAGACCACAUUCUGAUCACGUCACGCUGUGGUCCACACUAUGGUCCCUGGUGCAGGCCAAUUGGUUCGUCUACCCGGCCUUGCUGCGAAUGGAACAGCUCGUGUCAUCCCAAUCAUCUACGUCCUGGUUCUACAUGGCCAACGACGGCUGGAAUUUUGCCAUGUCGGCCGUUUGCAUUGUGAGUCUGACCGCAGUUGUGCGUGCUCUCGCAACGCACCGGCAACGACAACACACUCGAUUCGCUGGAAGCCACCCCACGACAACCCGAACACGAUCCGUGCCUGGUUCGGGAUGGAGCCUAUUGGUCAGCGCUUUUCUGGGUUAUCUGCGUGGGGCACAGCGGGAUCCUUUCUCCGCAACGGUUUUGCUGUGGGGCAACGCGGUCGAAGUUGUGCCGUUGUCGUGGUGCUGGUUGUUGUGGAUACUGGCAAUCGACGGGUUACCUACGGUGCUCUUUUGGGUUCUGUCCAACUGGUCAGGGGCCGCAUUAGGCGCCUAUCAGUUACAACAGUAUCGGGGAUAUGCAGGACACGCCGCCAAUCUUUGGAGAAGUCUCCAUCAAACGUUCGGUUCGUUUUGGGGAAAAGGCAGAAACUGA